CCUUCUUCACUUCCUUCAUCAUACUUGUGACCUGUCAUCACAACAUUCUACCAUCUUCUUUUCACUGAACCACUCUCUUCCUUCAAUCAAACCUCCAAAUCGAUCAUCUCCUGUUGCCUUAUCUCAAGAAUCAAAACAAAGCAAAAACAAAAAUGGCGUCUUUGAUAUCUCCGACAACAGUCCGGACACCUUUCCACUGUCACAGUCAGCAGAGACAUCAACUACCAGCACUAUUGUCUCAACGGGCAGAUUUCCUCUCUCCAUCUUUCUCGACCCUUCGAGCCGCCGCUGCAGCGACAGCAUCUCCUAUGAGGAAGAAGAAAAACAAUCAUUUGUUUGUUAUCAGGAUGAUGUCUUGGGAUGGACCUCUUUCCUCUGUCAAACUAAUACUCCAAGGCAAAAACUUAGAGGUCACAGACGGUGUGAAGAAACAUGUUGAAGACAAGAUUGGAAAAGCAGUUCAGAAACAUAGCCAUCUAGUUAGAGAAGUUGAUGUUAGAUUGUCUCUUAGAGGUGGGGAAUUCGGAAAAGGUCCUAAAUUGAGUAGAUGCGAGGUGACUCUGUUCAGUAAGAAACAUGGAGUUGUUCGAGCAGAGGAAGAUGCAGAGUCGCUCUAUGGAAGUAUUGAUUUGGUUUCUUCCAUCAUUCAAAGGAAACUGAGGAAGAUUAAGGAGAAGGAUUCUGAUCAUGGUCGUCAUAUGAAGGGUUAUGAUAGAUUGAAAACAAGGGAUCCUGAAGCAUCGUUAUUGUUAAUGGUGGAGGAUGAUUCAACUGUUGUAUCUACUACGAGUACUGACGAAGAUGAACAAGUACUAGAAGCAGAAGGAGAGGAAUAUUUCAUCAAUCAGAUUGUUCGAACCAAAUACUUUGAAAUGACACCAUUGAGUGUGAGUGAAGCAAUGGAGCAGCUGGAAAACGUUAAUCAUGAUUUUUAUGUAUACAAAAAUGAAGGAAGUGGUGAAAUCAAUAUCAUAUACAAAAGGAAAGCUGGAGGUUAUGGACUCAUCAUACCUAAAAAUGGCCAACAGGAUGCCAGCCGUUCUACUUGACCAUUAAAGAACAUAUAGAUAGAGACAGGUCUUCUUCCUGCUUCUGGUUCUGUUUUUUGUAGACCUCUCCUCCUCCAACCUGUACCAAAUUAUAUUGUAACAUCACAUGUUAGCCAUAUAUAGAUGGCCAAUCCUCUUUUGUUUGUUGCUUACUAAUCCUCUGAUAAUGACAAGCACCAGUUAUUUCA